AUGUUGCCAUCGCUACUCCUUGUCGCUCUCGCCACUGGUGCUCAUGGAUUGCUCAGCGCUUCGGGACCACGCGUGCCCCUAGUAGCUGGUGGCAUCCCUCUUCGUAUUCUAGCACUCGGCGACUCGAUUACCUGGGGCUACAAUGACCCGCGCAACGCCUCCUACAGGCGUGAUCUGGAGUGUCUCCUUCACACAGGGGGCAACCCGGUUUCGAUGGCCGGUUCCGUAGCGCACGGCGACUGGGCCGACAAUUGGAGCGAUUCCUUUGUCUACCACACCAUCAAUGACAUCCGCGUUGCCGCCGCCCCGGAACUGACUGCGCCGCCCGGGACCUGCCCCGGACCGAGCCGCCCCAAUGUUGUCCUCGUCCACGCUGGCACGGUGGACUUUGUGUUAGGUGGCCCCGAGAACGCGACCGCCGCGCCGGGCCACUUGUAUGACUUGCUAGACGAAGCUACGUCCUACAACCCACGCGCGCUCUUCGUUGUGGCCCGUCUGAUCCCCAACGUCAACGCCACCGUCAACGGGCGGAUUACUCGGUACAAUGAUGCGCUGCCGGCAGUGGUGGCUGACCUGUGGAGGAAGAGGCGCAAUGUCGUGUUGGCCGACAUCGGGUGUGGCAUGCAGGCAUCGGAGAAGUACCUGGCGGACGGAACGCACCCCAGCGCUGAGGGAUCUCUCAUCAUGGCUAGGAACUGGAUCGACGCUCUGGUCCAUGCAGGCAGGAGGGGCUUAAUUGCGCCGCCCGAGUGUCUGCACGGUUUCGAGGAUAAGGGUGCGACGGCAUUGGGUGAAGGGGGUAAAUGUAAUUUUAAUUGGCCUGCUUGA